AUGAGUGAUACUGUUCAUAGAUCCACACCAUCUUGGCUAACAAAGGAAUUCUUUGGAAAAAUCUUUAACGAUUUUGUGAGUUCGACGAAGAAUCUAGAAAAACCUGUUGAUUGGGAUUGUGAAAUAGAUCCUUUGGCUAAAGUUUUCGACGAUGCAGUAACGACGGUAUUUAAAGUUAAGGUGACAAAUAAGGUUAAUGUGAAGGAAUUUUUUAAAGCAUAUGUUAAGAUAAUGGCAUCUGAAAGGUCGGCUCUGUGGUCAAUGCCAAUAGAGAUCCGGAAAAAUAUUUGCAUUAGAGAAUACCAGAUUUACAAUGAGUGUAUUAGUGAAUUUUUGGCGAUUUUUAAGAAGAUUGAUAGUAGGGUGACUCUUCCUACGGCCUACCAUUUGGGCUUGGACCCAUAUAUUUUAGUGAUUGAAGAUAUGGUAACCAGUGGAUAUGAUAGAUAUCGAAGAUGUCUGUCAGUUGAAGAGUGCAAAAAAGUAUUUGAGGACUUAGGCAAGUUCCAUGCAGUAUCCUAUUUUGUGCAUCAUGAACUGAAGAAGGAUCUCUCUAAAUUUGAUAAUGUAAUAACUCUGGAUUUCUUAAGAAAUACCGGAAUUUUGAAAUUGUCUUAUCAGAUGUUUACGGAAGUUGUAGCUACUUGGGAAGGAUGUUCAGAAUUCGCUGAAAAACUGAAGGAAUUUGAACCAUUUUACUACACAUCAAUCAUCGAGGCACUAAGUGAAAAUCCUUCUGGUUUCAACGUUCUCAAUCAUGGAGAUUUUGAUAGACCAAACUACCUUAAAAACAAAAACAAAAAUCAGAAUGGUGCCUUUGUGAGUUAA